AUAAUGUAGGCGACAUCUAGCGGCAGGCAUUGAAUUAGCUUGGGAGACAUCUAGCGGCAGGCAUUGAAUUAGCAUUCAUUCGAGUUCGUGUCGUGGGGCGGUGCGGUCGCCGGUCACGACCAAGGUCACGACAGUGUCGAGGCCAGAGUAUAUUGAGUGUGUCGAGGCCUUGGUGUCGAGCAGUUUUUCGUCGUUGGUUUUCGUCGGUCCCUCGGGACGAGCUGCAAGCAAUAACGCACCUACCGUUCGUCGUUAUCUGUAUUGGACGUCAAACCCAAUACACUCUGGAAGCCGAAAUUAUGUGUGAAGUUGAAGUCAAAGUGCGGUGGUUGUGCGCCGGUGAUGGUCGCAGAAAAUAUAAGCACACGUGGUGAAGCAAGCUGAGCCGGUCGUUUCGUUACAUUGGUGCCGAAACCCGGGAACAAGACCGGGAUUGAUUUACUCAGUGUGCUAUUCGAGUGUGCAUUUCAAUUUGUUUUCAUUUGUCUUGAGAUAUGGCAGAUCUUGAGAAAGCGAAGAAGAGACGAGUAGCUGCCAAGGCCUGGGUAAGCCGAACAAAGAACAAGCUCUCUAAGGUUCUGGAUGACUGUGAACAGGAUGUUGAUGUUACAAGGAUACAGACUGUUCGCAGUGAACUUAAGAGCAGAUUGGAGGAACUGGACAGCAUCCAGUUGGAGUUGGAAGUUCUGUUCGAAUCUGAAGAUGACAUGCUGGAAGAUAUAAUCAAGGCUGGAUUGUUCAGAGAUGAAGUGACAGAAGCCAUUGAAAGAGCUGACAAGAUGGUAGCUGCUGCAGCUGCUGUCUCUGAUGGCAGACAAGUAAACUGAACCCUGACCUGAGGAUGGAGUGGGCCCGUCUUGGCCCAGGCAAAGAAGCGGACCUCAAUGCACUAAUGGACUUCCUGGCAGCAGAAGUUGAGAGGAGGGAAAGGUCCGGAGCAUUCACCAAGCUGCUGGGGACAACUCAGCCGGCCCGGGACGUCCGAGCAGCUGGCAGGAGCCAGCCUCACAAGGAUGUUCGACCGGCUGGGAGGAACCAGCCUCUCGGGGACUGUGUGAGACAGGCGCGGACUCCAUCUGGAGCCGCUCUGACUGCAUCAUCAGGGGUAUGUAUAUUUUGUGGAAAGGCACACAGGUCAGUGGAGUGUCAUGAGCUCCUCAAGCUCUCAGUUUCGCAGAGACAUGACUUGAUUAAGCAGUCUGGGGCAUGUUUUCGCUGCUUGUCCGGGUCACACCGGGCGAGGGAGUGCCAGUCAAAGUGUGAGCUGUGUGGCGGUGGCCACCACAAGCUGUGUUGUUUUUCGAAGGGGAAGACUAGUCAGGGGAGGGUAGCAGAGCCCCCUGGUGUGUCAAGCUCUACUUGUCCUAAGGUUUCAGAGACUCGUGUGUCUCUGUCGUGUAACAGUGGUGAUGAUCAAUGUGUUGUGCUCCCCACUGCUCGAGUGUUGGUACAUGGAGCGCAUGGCUCAGUCCUAGCGACUUUGUUGUUCGACACAGGGUCAGACAGAACUUAUGUGUCGGAAGAGUUGGUGAAAAAGGUGGGCGCUACAUGGCUCGGCUCUGAGUCUGUCUCGUAUGCAGCCUUUGGUGGGGGAAAAUCCACUUGUGAGAGGGCUGUGAGGGGGCUCCGUGUGAGUGGAGCCAACUUGUCCAAACCUGUGGAGUGUUUGUUGACUGCUGUGGAAGUACCAGUGAUCUGUUCCCCCCUGCAGCGACCCAGAGUCCCUCGCACAGCCCUUGCCUCUUUCGUAGGGGUUGAGUUGGCUGACAGCUACAGUGAGAACCGCGAGAUGUCUGUGGAUAUAUUGGUCGGUCUUGACGUGUACUGGAGUCUUGUACAGCAGGGCUUCAUUCGAUGUUCUGAAGGGUCACUAGUAGCCCAGGAGACCUCACUGGGUUGGAUCGUGUCUGGCGUGACCUCCUCUGGACUCUGUGCUGCAGGCAGUACAUCGUGCCAGUUGCUGACUCUUGGUGAUCUGCACGAGGACGCCGUCCGUAACCUAUGGAGUCUGGAAGGCGUCGGCAUCCGUUCUGAUGAGGAGCCGGCCAGUUCGAAGGUGUUGGAGGAUUUCGAGUCCUCAGUCAGCUUCAGCGAUGACAGGUAUGACGCGUCACGUGCGGUGACCGAGAUGCAGUCUAACUUCUAUGUCGAUGACUUUCUGUCAGGGGCGGACUCUGAGGAGGAAGCCCGUAGUCUCCUUUCGGAGGCUCAGUCUGUCGUGGCUGAUGCUGGCAUGUGUCUGGCCAAAUGCAGGUCAAACAGCACUCUGCUGUUCGACAAUGCUGUGUCUGGUGGGGAAGGCCAGAGCAUCAAAGUGCUGGACUGA